CCCCCGCCGGAUCCGCCAAGGCUAAGUUCUUGAGUUCCCGAUGCCGCGCACCGGAGAAUGGAGUUUUCUCAAAGACUUCAGCUCUCUGAGACCGGGCAUGCUGCCCGAAAAGCGAGACCAUAUAAGGCGGCUCCUGAGGCGACCCGGAAGCGGAAGCGGAAGAAAGUUCCAGUGGGUUGAGGUAUCGGUGGGAGCAGCCGGGUGGCGGGAGGAGCCGUUACAGGAGCCAGAGCUGCCGAUUAAGCUAAUCAAGAUGACAACCUCCCAGAAGCACCGGGACUUCGUGGCAGAGCCCAUGGGGGAAAAGCCAGUGGGGAGCCUGGCCGGGAUUGGUGAAGUCUUGGGCAAGAAGCUGGAGGAAAGGGGCUUUGACAAGGCCUAUGUGGUCCUUGGCCAGUUUCUGGUGCUAAAGAAAGAUGAAGAUCUCUUCCGGGAAUGGCUGAAGGACACAUGUGGUGCCAAUGCCAAGCAGUCCCGGGACUGCUUCGGGUGCCUUCGAGAGUGGUGCGACGCCUUCUUGUGAGGCUCUCUUGGGGAGCCCCCAGUCCCUAGCCCCAGCAUUGAGUCUCCAGAGUUUGCAGCCGCGUGGGGACUCCUCCCCUGUCCUCUACAAAGGAAGAGAUUGCUGUUGUCGUACUCACGUACUUCCAGGUCUUUUGGGGGUU